AUGGAGACCAGCGUGGAGCUGCAGGAUGGGAGGCUGAUGCAGGUGGAUGCAGCAGGCAUGGUGCUGGGCACCGGGGACGUGGAGGUGCCUGUGCACUGUCUGUCCCCAGCCCACGGGGCUCCUGCUCUGGCAGGAGGGCGGGAAGACGGCACGGCCUGUGCGGCGGAGGCGGCCGUAGGCACGGGGAGGGCAGCCCGGGGGGAGGAGGUGGCGCUGAUGAUGGCCUGGCCGCACUCACCCCGGCAGGGGCAGAGCGGCACUGAGAGAGAGUUCAAGGAACGCUGUACUCAGUGUGCUGCAGUGUCUUGGGGUCUCACCGAUGAAGGCAAAUAUUACUGUACUUCUUGCCAUAAUGUCACAGAAAGAUCAAAAGAAGUGCUCACCACUGGGGCUAUCCCCAAUACUAAGAUACAGGCCAUCAACCGGGGGCUUAAAAGAAAAAGAAAACUUGAGAAAGGCUGGGAUUGGUAUGUGUGCGAAGGUUUUCAGCACAUACUUUAUCAACAAGCAGAAGCCUUAAAGAAACUUGGAGUACGCCCAGAAUUAAAGAAUGAAGUUUUACAUAAUUUUUGGAAGCGUUACCUUCAGAGGAGCAAGCAGGCAUAUUGUAAAAACUCGAUUUACACCAGAAGGAAGAAAGCUCUGGUCCUCGAAGACGGUCUUAGUCAGUCAGAUUGGGAGAGCGAGCCCGAGCUGCUGAGUGACAUCAGUGGUCCUUCUCUUGCUGACAGUGGAGCAGAGUCCCAGCCUGAUGGCCACACUCGGAAGCCGUUCCCCAUCCACAGAGUGUCACACUCAGAGACAGCGUCUGUCUGCUCCGGAUCUCUUGACGGAGUCGAAUAUUCCCACCGAAAGAAGGGGGUGGUGACGAUGAGCGUGCCGGGGACGCUUGCCUUCUGCUUCCUGUCGUUGCUGUGGCAGAGGGAGGCGAUGACUCUCUCAGACCUCUUGAGAUUCGUUGAAGAGGACCAUAUUCCUUACAUAAAGGCGUUUGAGCGUUUUCCGGAGGAGAUGAAAUUAUAUGGGCGCGACAAAGGGAUCUUUGCCAUCGAGUCUUGGCCUACCUACGAGGAUAUCUAUAAAAAGGUGAUUGAGAUUGCCACAUUUUUAGAUUUGCCUCGGUUCCCAGAGAUAACUGAAGAUUGCUAUCUUCAUCCAAACAUCUUGUGUAUGAAAUACCUGAUGGAAGUCAAUCUCCCUGAUGAAAUGCACAAUUUUACUUGCCAAGUGGUAAAAAUGACUGGAAUAGGAGACGUGGAUUUUCUGACAUUUGAUCCUAUAGCUAAAGUGGCAAAAACUGUCAAAUAUGACGUUCAAGCUGUGGCUGUUAUUGUGGUAGUCCUGAAACUGCUCCUUUUGCUGGAUGACAACUUAGAGUGGUCUUUGUCUGAUGUUGCUGAGAAACACAACGAAAAGAACAAAGAAGAUAAGCCAUGGUUUGAUUUCAGAAAAUGGUACCAAGUGAUGAAAAAAUCUGUUGACGAAAAACAACACGAACGGGAGGAAGCCAGAGCAAAGUACCUGUGGAAGAGCGAGAAGCCCCUCUACUACUCGGCCAUCGACAAGUCCGUCGUGUACAAACGGAGAGAAAUGGUGGUGAAUCUCCAGAAACAGUUUAGCACACUGGCCGAUUCAGCACCAGCUGGUGAAAAACAAAGCCCUUCGAGUUUUCAGUUCAACUGGCGUGGAGAAGAGCCUGGCAAAGUCUGUUUCCACGGACACAGCCUCCAGGGAGUCCUGAAGCAGAAAGGCCAGUCGCUGACGACCAAGAAUCCGCUGUACUGGCUUAGCACACAGAAGUUCUGUAAAAGCUAUUGCAGACAUGUGACGACCUAUGAAGAGUCCAACUUCUCUCUGAGUUACCAGUUCGUACUAAGUCUCUUCUCCUUCCUGCUAAGAAUAAAGGCCUCUUUUCUCCAUGAAGAAGUGAGCUUAAUUGAGAAGAGGCUUUUUAAAGCAAAAUACAGCAAAAAGAAAAAAAAAUCUUCAAGAUCCAGAAAAGUGAAAAAGUGUUGAAAAAGUGAAAUAGAAAAUUUCCCAGGAAAAGAUUGUGAACUGACAGUAAUGUCCUAUUUUUAUGUGCCAUCCCAGAGAGCUGUGGCGAGUGGAUUUGUAUUACAUGUAUGUGCGCGUAAACACAUGUAUGUGUCGAGUAUGCCUAAAAGUGUAGGCUGGAAAGGGAAUGACUUUCCUUGGAUUUUUGUAAUAGAAAUGUCAUUUGUGAAAAUUAAAACAAGUUCUA